AUGUCGCAAGGUCUUGUCCCCCCGAGGACCGUGGCGAGCCUCGCUGCUCGCAUGGUGGCGCCGGCCAGCCGACAAUGCCAGCGGUGUUACUCUAGCAGCGCCAUGCAGUCCAAGCAGAUGCGGCCCACGGUCCCGCGCUCCCUGAUGAUGCAGCAGUCUAGACAGCCGCAGCCCAUAAUGCAGAGGAGGUCCAAAUUCAAGACGGUCCAGCAGGCCAAGAGCCGCUACAGCACUGGUCCCUUUUCGUGGAAAGCAGGAGUUCUGUUUGUCUCGACUUGCGCCGGUCUGAUGUGGUACUUUGAAUUCGAAAAGGAGCGCAUGCAGAAGAGGAGGAUAGCGGAGGCGUCCAAGGGCGUGGGACGGCCCAAGGUCGGAGGACCGUUUGAGCUGAUUGACCAGGAUGGCAAGCCCUUUUCCAGCGAAAAGAUGAAGGGCAGGUAUUCUCUGGUUUACUUUGGCUUCACGCGCUGCCCCGACAUCUGCCCCGAGGAACUCGACAAGAUGGCCCGCAUGCUCGACCUGGUGGAGGAGAAGAUGCCGGCCAACACGCUCCUGCCCAUCUUCGUCACCUGCGACCCGGCCCGAGACGACCCCAAGUCCCUCAAGAGCUACCUGGCCGAGUUCCACCCGUCCUUUGUCGGCCUCACCGGCACCUACGACCAGAUCAAGGAUCUGUGCAAGAAGUACCGCGUCUACUUCAGUACCCCGCAGAACGUCAAGCCGGGCCAAGACUACCUCGUCGACCACUCCAUCUACUUUUACCUGAUGGACCCCGAUGGCGACUUUGUCGAGGCCCUCGGCAGGCAGCACUCCCCCGAGGAGGCUGCCAAGAUCAUAACCGGCCACAUGCGGGAGUGGAGAGGAAGUGGCAGUAACAAGUUGGAAUAG